ACAAUCCCUGCAUACAGUCAACAAUAUUUGGUCAAAAGAAUGUGCAAGAUUGAAGGUUGCAGUAGUGAAUGUAAGAAUAUCUUCUGUUCAGAGAAGAAGCCAAAAAGCCCAAUUUCAAAACUGUUCAAAGGCAAAUUCACUGUGACCACUGAGGUCAAAGUUGAGGAAGAGUUGAAGCCUCAGCGGAGUGUAAAAUCUUCUCAUCUCAGAGUUCCCCUUUCAGCUCACAAAAAUACCCUUCUGGAACGUACAGAACGACUUACAUCUUACGCAGAAGGGGGAGGGCAGGCCUCCAACUCUGCUUCUCACAUUGAGAUCCGAUACACUGAUCUCUUCGUGACCGAGGACAACGAGUCAUUUGACAGCAGCCAGCAUGAGUACUUCACCUUGGCCAGUCGACGGGCACGCAUCUACGCCCACCAGGCCUGCCAACGCAUCUGCCCUCGCCACCUCCUGAGCCCCCAAGGCACCACAGGGCGCCCCGAAACGGUAAAGUUGAAGGGCAUCGCUGGCAUCGGCAAGAGCGUGGCAGUGCAGAGGCUGGUCUAUGAGUGGGCGCUGGGGAAGCACAUGCGUGAGUUCACCUGUGUGUUCGACCUCCGCUUCCGCAAGCUGAACCUGAUCAAAGCCCCUCUGAGCUUACUGGACCUGCUUGGAUACCGCUUCCGCUACUUUAAGACGGUUCUGCCAGAGCUUCUGGCCUCGCCAGGUUCCUUGCUUUUCAUUCUGGAUGGGCUGGACGAGUUUAAAUACCAACUGGACUGGAACGCUCCUGACAGGGACAUCAGCGUGGACUCCAAGGUGCCCGUAUCAGAGCUGAUAAUGACGUUGAUCAAGGGGAGUCUACUCCCAGAAUCCUCCGUCAUCCUGACAUCCAGGCCUUCCACGGACGCUCCUAAGCGGUUCUUCCAGCGUUGCUGCGUGGUCCUGGGCUUCGAGGAGGACCAGGUGAAGGAGUACACCUUCAAGUUCUACAAGGACCCCAAGGUGUCUGAGAAGGUGUACAACUACAUCCUGGACAAUGACAACCUCUUUGUGCUCUCCUUCAUCCCUCUCUAUUGCUAUAUCAUCUGCACCGCCUUGGCCGAGUUCUUCUCCAGUCAGGAAGAUGGUGACUCGCGGUCUCUAGAGUUGAACCACCUAGGACAGUCAGCGAGGUUUACUACUGCUACCUGUUUACAGCCAUCAAGCACCAUGCGCUGAAAGGGAAGACGGAGAGGAACACCCCCAGAUCGGAGGUACUUUCUCUAGUUAGGCAGCAGCUGACAAACCUGGGGAGAUUAGCUUACGAAAACCUUCUAAAGAGUAAGAUCAUGUUCGACAUACAGGUCCUGGAACGUUAUGGUCUCACGCCACGUUAGUCAGAUCCUGGUGCCUCUGAACGAGGAGAGGGUGGAGAUGUUUUCCUUCUUCCACUUGACCGUCCAGGAGCAUCUGGCCGCCCUGUACUGUGCGAUCAACCUCUCAAAGCAGGGACACAUCAUCCAGGCUCUGGACUUCUGGUGCUUUGGUGAGAUCCCCCCACCUUCCACCUCCCCAACUCCCCUACUGAGCCAAGACCUCCACCUGGACCAGACUAGGGUGGAGAACCUGCAGAUGUUCACUCGCUUCUUCAUGGGGCUUCUCCGGACCAGGCUGGGGGGCAGUUGGGUGGGCUGGUGCUGGCCCCUCUGGAGGUGGGCAUGGAGGGGGAGGAUAUCCCCGCCAGGCUGGGUAUCUGGUUCCAGAACCAGUUUAAGGGUAGGCAGCUAGCCAACCAGACGGCGCUGAACCUGCUCCACUGUCUGAUGGAGCUGCACAUGAAGGAAGUCACCAGCAGGGCGGCACCAGAGAUCCGGAGUCUGAACCUGUUCAAGAUGAAGCUGAGCGUGGUGGACUGUGCAGCGUUACACUACGUGUUGCAGUUCUCCCCAACAUAGGCUUGUGGAGCUCAACCUGGGAUACUCCAACAUCGGAAACAGAGGUCUUAGCAGGCUAGUUCCAAUAUUGCACCGCUGUGAAUCUCUUUAGUGAGUAUUCAUAGCAUUUUUCUUGUGGGACACAGCUCUGCACCACCUGUUGCAAAUGUUUGAUCAUUCACAGGGACUAGCUGAGGAGAAGUAUAGCAAUUAACUCAUUAAUGUAGGUAACUAUAAUUUGUAUUUUUUCUCAGUCUACGGUAUAACUGUCUAGAAAGGGAGGCAGCCAUCCUGCAAUCUGCAGUGUUGAAAUCAAAAGACUGUCAGGUGAAGAAGCUGUUUAUGUGUGGUAACAACUUGGGUCCGGAAGGGGUUCUGGAGCUGUGGAAUGCCCUGGAGCAGAACACUACACUGGAGGAACUCUAAUUGGACAUCACUGGCAUCACAGAGAGAGGAACAGAGAACAUUGUCAACUGCCUCAGCAAGAACACCUCUCUGACAACGCUGACCAUCGUGGGAAAUGACAUUGGGGAGGUGGGGAAGAGGAGGCUGAGGGAGCUGGAGCAUCGACGGCCGGGGCUCCGGAUCAUUGGGAACUUUGUGGACGACCUAGGACUGCUAAAGGCCUACCUGGAUUGGGUAGAGGAGAUACGGGAUGACCGGGACCAGAUGGACUCAGUGAAGAACGCAGAUGCCCUACAGUCCGUCUUGAAGGGGCUGAGGGUGGGAGCAGGUGGGGAGAAUGGGGAGGGAGGGGAAGGAGAGAACACAGGAACUGGAGACCAAGAUCCUGGAGCUUUUGAACACCCCCACUCACCUGGCUGGAGUGAGAUGACUUCACGUACCCUUUUGGUCCAUGAGAAGCAUAGGUUAUCCACAAACUGAGAUGGCUGAUCAAGUCUAAAUGGGGUGUGGAGAUGGAGCUGGGAGUUGUAGAAAUUACAGCCAAUCAUAAUGUAGAUAUUCAGAAUCUCUGUUAAAAAGUAGUAGAUUCAUUAUAAUCACAGUUAAUUUCAUUGAGAAUCUCAGUUGAUAUAAUGUUACUACCAUUUGUUCACUUGCUUCUGUAUUUUCAGAAUAAAUGUCACAAGUGACACUGACUCUUA